UCAUGCAACUCUGUAAUGGACAGCUGUUUCGAGUAAACAAACGAAGUAAUUACUAUUCCACAAUUGUUUACGUAUUUAUUAGACACCCACACAACGAUUACGCUUCAAACUACGCUCGGUACUCACUGUCGCAGCGUGGGAAUGGCCCGCUCCUCGUAAUCUUCAUAGGAGUUGCGUGGCACGCUCUUGUUGCGCCUGCGCAGCGAUCCCUGGCGGCUGGACAUGGCAAUUGAAAUGCCGGAGGGUUACACGAAAGCCACUGCCUGGCUGCAAAUCCACAGCCUGCUGAACAGUAUCAACCACAUGCUCAUCUUUCUGGUGGCCGUCUUCUUUUUCUUCCUGGCGCGCAGUCUGGAGUUCAAGGACACCGCCAUGCAUAUGUUUAUGACGGGCAUUGGGUUCCACGUCCUUAUCGCCCAGGCCAUGAUGUCACACUCGAAAGUGAAUCCGCUCACCCGUUGGCUGUCGCACCGAAACAAGUCGCGCUUUCACGCCAUCCUGCAGAUUGUGGGUGGCUCUAUGGUUCUGUUGGGAUCCCUGGGCAAAUUUUCCAGCAAGGAGGUGCACUUCAACACCUGGCACGGCCGAGUGGGAGGAGCUGCUUCUUUUUUCUGCGCGGCCAGCAUUGUGGGCGGUUUUGUCAACUAUUUCCAGCCCAAGUUCGCCCUGAAUGUGAUGCCUUCAUCGGAGCUUCGCUUCCGCCAUAAUCUAUUUGGCUUGGUCACCUUCAGCCUGGGCAUGGGCGCCAUUACCCUUGGCUACUACUCGAAAUUCUUCUCCAAGUAUGUGGACACAGAUUUUAUUCCCGGCAUGAUGCUGAUCACCGUCCUGGUUUAUGGACUCACCAUCAUUGCGCCGGUAUCAUCGCUCCUAACUAAACUUAAGUAUCGGUCCAAAAGGAAAGCGGUGAAUCAAGGCUAACCGAAAUUUUGUCUGGUUCUAGUAUGAAAAUAAAGAGCUUGGCGUUUGGCCAAAUUGAAA